AUGGCCCGUUUUCGUGGACCCCGUAGGGCUGGACAACAGGUCCAGGGACCCCAGGUUCCCCAGGUGUCGAGCCAGAAGUCUCGGUCGCAAGGGUCCAAGUUUGAAUGGCAACUCGUUUGCGGCGAUGAUGAUGAGCCAGCUGCAAAUGCCCGUGUGGCGCUGCAGCAUGAAUUCUGGCAGGAGAUGGUUGCAGCCAAGAGCCCCAAGAGCUUCCAAGACACAGACUUUGUCGCCGGGCCUCGUUCAGUGGAUGGACGCCAGGAGGAGAAAAGUAGCACUGGAGAUUUCUUCAAGGCCACCAUGAGUGAAGUGACACGCAGACUGCCAGAGGUGAGCGAGGAGGUCUUGUGCCACUGCGGCCUAGUGGCGCAACUGCGACGGGUGCAGAAGAGGGGACCUACUUAUGGUCGUCCCUACCACGCGUGCCCAUCCAGGCAUUGCCGUUUCUUCGAAUUUGCAGAUCAGGGGUCCACUGUGGCAGCCUUGGAGCUCCAGUGGAAACGCUUCCCCGCAACGGGGGCCUGGACAGUCGUGAGCGAUGAGGGUUUUAUGCCUUCCGAUGUACGGCAAGGAGGUGUUGGGGACUGCUGGUUCAUGAGUGCCCUGGCAGUAGUUGCUGAGCGCCACGACCUCAUGAGAAAGCUGCUGCCCAACCUCAACGACGGAGCGGCGAGCGGCUGCCACGAGGUACGCCUCUUUCUGGACGGCCGCUGGAGGGCGGUGCUGGUGGAUGACUGGCUGCCCACCACUGAGAAACAGCGGCGUCCGGAUGGCACGGGCCUGGCAUAUGGACGAUGUACCAACCAGCAACUCUGGGUGUCGUUCAUUGAAAAGGCCUACGCCAAGGCGCACAGGGCCUAUCGUUUCAUCAGUGGAGGCGAAACCUCCGAAGCUUUGUUGGAGCUCACUGGUGCGCCCACUGAGGUGGUUAAUUUCCAAGGGCCAAGUUUCGAUCCAGAUCUUUUCUGGGCCCGCUUGGUGUCCUUGCUGCAAGCUGGUUGUCCCAUUGGUUGCGGAACUAGCGCGAUGACUUUAGAAGAGCUUGGCUUGGUGGGGCAGCAUGCCUAUUCAGUGCUGGAAGCUGAAGAUGGUGGCGGUUUCUUCGUCGCUGCGCUAGGGCCAGAUGGAGAUGGUCGCCGCGUGAAGGUGCGAAAUCCCUGGGGUGAGUGGACCAGAAGGGAACAGGAUGAACUGCUUGCGCAGCUGGGUGUGGCGAUCACGCCAGGUGACGGCUGCUUCUGGAUGAACUAUUCCGAUUUCAUUCGAGGCUUCGCCUGCGCGGAUAUUUGCUACGCCCGGGCGGGGUGGCACAGCCAAAGCUUCGAUCUGGAGUUUGAUGGUCAUGGAGAAGGCCUUGGGGUUCGCAAUGCUCUGAAGCUUCGAAGUGUUGGGGGUGCUGUGGAAUGUUGGGUCAUGGGCAUCCAACCCACGGAGCGGGGGAAGCAGGUCAAAAGGCCCAAAGGAUACUACCUCAACGACCUCUCCCUGCUGAUCCUGGAUGAUGCUGGUGAGGUUGUGGCUUCUGUCCUAGGCGGCGCGCGAAGGGAUGUGAGUUGUAGUGCGGUGAUGGAGGAGGGCAGGGAAUAUGUGGCUGUCCCAGUGAGUUUCCGCGCCAGCCGGGGCCCCUUUGUGCGUCGCAUCUAUGCAGCAGCACCUGUUGAGGUCCUACAAGAGCCGGCCAGCCCCAAGCUGGCGUGGCGGGCCAUGCAUCGUUUGCUGAUGUCACCAGCGCCUAAAACACAGACGCCUUUUCAAAGGAUGGCCUAUGACUUUGGAGUUGGUGAGAUGGUGGUUGUAGAAGCAGCUUCCAUGGCCUUGGGAUUGGCGGUGAACCAGAAUCCUUCCGCUUCCCUAUCCUUGCGCUUUGUGGCGGCUGGGAACCAUACGGUUCUGCGCACGCAAGGUGGCAUGCAGGACGGCUGCAGUGAUGAGGAGAGGAACCAGCGGCAAAAGCAGGCGGAAUCGAAGGCCAAAUCCAGGGGCAAGGGCCACGGCCAGAAGCCGAAUUGGCGCCUGUACGAUGUGGAGGCUUCGAUCCCUAAAUUCUGCCAGUCGCUAGCCUUCGUGGCUGUGGCACAGCUGGAUACCUGGGAGUUUUCCUUGGAAAACAUGGAGGCCAAGCAAGAUCUAGAUGAGACACCUGUAGUUUCUGCCGCCUCGGCUUUCGCACCCGUCACGCCUUCCCACUGGGUAAAUCAAGAGCACAGAAGCUCCCUGCUGGAUGAUCUGGAUGAUGAUGCGGAACUCCAGGCUGCCAUCUUGGCAAGUCAGAAUGACUCAGAAAAUCUCAGACAUUUCCAGGCGAAGGAAGAGGAGUCAGAUGAGGACCUGGCACUGGCAAUCAGCCUAUCCCUCCAACCCCUUCCAGCACCAAACGCAGAUGCCAAGGUGGCGUGCUCAGCCCCGGUUGGCGACGGAUUUGCUGAAGCACUUGGUGAGGUGUUGCAGACAAUGCGGGAGAACUGGGUGCAGAUCAAUGUUUUUCAUGCCAGCAGCGUGCUGAGUGCAUGCGCCAAGGCCCAGGAAUGGGCAGCGGCCUUCCAGGUGCUACAGAUGGAGGAUGUGGUGCCGGAUACUGUUUGCUAUAAUGCAGCCAUUGCUGCGUGCAGAAGUGGACAGUGGCAGAUGGCCUUCGAAGUGUUGGACCGCAUGGGGAAGGCCAAAGCUGCGCCGAACGUCAACAGUUUCAAUGCGGUGAUCGCCGCCUGUGCCCUGCCUGGUCUGUGGGACACGGCCCUCUGGCUGCUGCACCACAUGGGCAUUGCCAGGAUCCAGCACGACAUUAUCAGCAUCAAUAGCUGCAUCACAGCUUGCGAUAAGGCGGGGCGCUGGGAGACGGCCUUGGCGCUGCUGGCGGAAACGGAGGGGGCUGACAUCGUUAGCUUCUCAGCGGCCAUUAGCGCUUGUGGCUUCGCAGAGCAGUGGCAAACUGCGCUGGCAUUGCUGGCAGGCACUCCACUAAGUCUCAACAGUGCGUUCAACAAGAGCUCUGCGCGGGUCUGUUGGAACACCGCGAUCAGUGCCUGUGAGAAGGGGCAGCAAUGGCAGCAGGCAUUACAUCUCCUGUCCUCUAUGCCGACAGCGGCGCUGAGUCCGGACGUCAUUAGCUACAAUGCGGCCAUCCGUGCCUGCGAGCAAAGCAGUUGGUGGAGAAAUGCGCUGCAACUGCUGCAGGAUGCUGGUCCUGGUGCGGAUGUGAUCACCCACAAUGCUGCCAUGGCAGCCUGCAAGAGCCUUGUUGGAACAAAGAUGAGGCUGGUGCUGUUGGCUGUCUUGGCUGCCGCCCUGCGGUCCCUUGCUUGGGUCUCUCCGGGUUUGACCCCAGUGCCGCGUGUGGGGGUGCAGCGAUGUGCUCAGGUAGACCCUGGAGACUGCAAGGCCGUACGCAACGAUGCGGUCAGCGGUGUGCAACUUCCCACCAUGGAUGAGGAUGAGCCCGCCUGGCUGUCCUUUGUCAUUGCCCGAUAUCUGGAUGAGGAGUGGGUGGAGCAGCCUGUUCACAAGGAGAUUGGUGAAGCGGUGGCGCAGAUCUACCGUGAGUCACGCGCGGAAGGUGAUGAUGACCUCAUUGCAGUUCUGGCCAAGCUGUCUUUCGGACUUAAGGACAUGUGGCGCAGCGCUGGCUUUGGAGACGCUUUCGAAGGUCCAGUGGACGUGGCCAACCGAGUGGCAGAGCUGUUGAUGCUGCGACAAGGAGGAGAAGUUUGGAGUUACGGUCGCAGCAAUUCAGAUGUCCAGCAAAAGAUGCUGAAGCGGCUUGAAGAGUAUGAAGAGGUGGGUGAAGAUCUAACGGCACCGGAAAGUGAUCGACCAAUGAUUACCUACAAACUCAGGCACGAUUGGCAAAUCUUCCCCUGGCUCUGGCACGGUGUCAGAGCUCGCGGUGCGGAUUUGGCAGCUGUGGGGGUGACACCUGCAGAUGCACCGCCCCGCCGCAAGUCAAAUUCAGCCGAAGGACCUUUGAAGGCCCGUCGAUCUCGAUUUUCCUCCGGCUGGCGGCUCCCAGACCCCCGAAACGACAUGGAACAAAAAGAGUUGGAGAAAGCCCGGGCUUGGGUGGUGGCCCUGGAAGUGCUUCGCGGCAUGCCAGUUGCCUUCAUUGCCUGUGAGAUCUGCGUUUUUGCUAGGGACGUUGGUGAAGUUCAGAGAACCUGGGUGGCACAGAAGGCUGCGGAAGCAGUAUGGCAAAGACCAAAGCGCCGAUCACGCAGCAAAAGUGCAAAAGCAACCUCUUACAGGGAUCCGGAGCAGAGCAAAGUCUCAGAGGAAGGUGUGAAAGAUUGGAGUGUCUUUCCAGGAAAUGCCCCAUGGAUACCUUCAACGCCUUCAGGAAGAGCUGUGAACAAGAAGACAGAUCAGUCCAAUGGAGCUGGUGCCAAGGAAUCGAUGGUGGAUCAAUCAGUGAUUCAACCGGUCUCAUCGCAAGUAGCAGCAGAAACUUUGUCUCCGGAAGAAGAGAAGAUUUUAGAGCACCUCAAAGGAUUGAAGAGUGCAGGAAUAGAUCUGACAGAACAAAUGGAGCAGCAACAGCAGAAGCUGAUUGCCAAGCAGCAAGUGGCAGCUGCAUCGAAGGCACUCACACAUGGACAUCUCAAUCGCCUUACCAAGCUCAAGACACAGGUCACCACGGCAGCGGACAAGGUGACGAAGUUGGAUCGGGAGUGGAAGGCUUUUGUAGAAGCCACUACGCAAAAAGUGCGUCAACAUGCAGAGCUGUUUCAGAAGUGCAGAUCGGAUCUUUUAGAGGCAUACAACAUGAAGUUGGCCGAGCUCCAUGCAUUGAAACAAGAGAUGAGUUCGGCAUCGAUGUCAAUGCUGGGGCCGGCGACUGCCGGUCAGAUGAUCCCAGAGGAACCCAAUGUUGGGGAGCAGCUGAGGGAUCUCGAAGAGGUGAUACUGGUCGAGGGAUCAGUGGGCGAAGUGGGCGAAGUGGAUCUGACAGACGACAUGGAAGAUGUGGAGAACAUGGGGCCCAUGAGUUUUGGACCACAGAGCAAGGCCUCACCGAAGCUGCACAAGCAGUUCCGAGGGGCCACUUCCCCAACGAAAGUGGCACAGCAGCACCUCAAACCGAAGACACAAGAAGUCAGGGAUGCAAAGGUGAAGGAAAAAGAACAAAAUGCUUGA